AACAAAAAUAUAGAUUUUUAUAAGAUAUUGAUUUUAAAAAAUAGAUUUAAAACCCAAAGGGAUUAAAUUGAAUAAUAAUAAGACAUCAUGGACUCGAAGCCAAAUGUUGUGUUCGAAGAGUUUCAGGUGCCGACUGAUUGGGUUCGUGAGGUUGCAGACGACACCUUAAUUGCAUAUCUACCAGGGUUUAAGAAGGAGCAAGUUAAAGUUCACAUAACAAGUGGAGGAUUGUUGAGAAUAUAUGGAGAACGUUCAGUCGGUGGCAACAAAAUCAGCCGAUUUUCUAAAGAAUUCUCAUUACCAUCAAACUGUGAUUUAUCCAAAGUCAGAGCUAAUUUCAAUGACGGCAUGCUCCGCGUUAAAUUCCCCAAAUCCACCAUCCAAGCCGAUCAAAGUCAACAAGCAAAAACAUCUCCAGAUCCAGAUCCAGAAGCUCCACCGUCGAUGGCGGCUCCACCACCUGCAGGUUAUGCUGAUGCCGCAUUUAAACAAAACGACGCCGUUCAGCAACCUCCUCCCACGGCGGAUCUAAAGCCACACGCAGGUGAUGAUGAUAUUGAUACUUCAAUGAAACGAAAAGAUGCCGUUGAACAACAAGUUCCUCCUAGAACGGGGAUUGAAACGGCGGCUAAGGGACUGACUCGUUCGAGAAAAAUUGUUUUGGCUGUUUUAUCGGUUGUGGUAAUUGCUGUUUAUGUUAAAAAUGUUUUUAGGUCUAUGAAGAACGAGUAUAAUUAAUUAACCCCAA